AUGUAUUCUGUAAAUGUAGUUUGUGAAAGGAAACCACCACCUCCAAUUUAUCCAGCAAAUCAUAAAACAAUAUUCUUGUUGGACCACACUCCAUAUUUUGGAACAAAUUGUGAAAGCUUAAUUGAAUUUGACUUUUCGAAAACCCGAGGUCCAGGUGUCAUUCCUUUGGCUCCAAUAGCAAAAACACUAUGGACUUGUAGUGUUGAGGCAGCUAUCGAGUACUGUCGUAUUGUGUGGGACCUCUUCCCAACUGGAAAAUUGGUCAGAUUCAUUAUCAGUGAUACCAAAGGACACUCCCUUAACUCAUGGAGCCCAACACAGCAAAGUUUAAAUCACCUUUUGAAUGGUUUGUCAGUAAUUGGCACACCAUCUCCGGCUGUGAGUGGAGAAACAUACAAUAUUUACCCUGGUUUGAAGUCCGCUGUCCAAGCAAUGUGUGAGUGUUCCGAACAGCAACAUGAAAAACGGACCUCAUUGAACGAAUGCCCUUAUCCAGUGAUAAAUAGGAACAGACUUAUUUGCAUCACAUCAGUUCCUGACAACGAAAAAAUAAAACUGCUUGAAGAGAAAUUACAAGCUGAGAUUAUUCAGGAAAACAAAGUCGCUUCCUCAUCAGAUCUAUUAAUUCCUAUUGAUCACUGUGAACUUAUUAUUCUCAAUAUCCAGCCAAAUGCAACAGAAAAUAUACCAAAGCACAAGGUAUCUAAUAUUUUGGAAAGUGAAACUCAUAAUGUGAAAGCAUCUUGCGGUCUUGCUAACAAAUUGGCAUCUCUUAUUCUUCAACACUAUAACCUAGCGAGUACAACUGUGACUGGGAUUCCUAUGAAAGAAGAACAAAAUGCCAGUUCAUCUGCAAAUUAUGAUGUUGAAAUUUUUCAUGCUGCAAAAGCACAUGAAUCAUUAUUCAAAGGUUGUGGCGUAGAUAUCAACCAAAUAAGCACACGGAAAGAAGGUAUGGAAUAUUCGACAAUAACUUUGAAAUGGUGUACUCCUAGAGGCUGCACAGCGUCUGAAAUGCAUAAUUGUAUUUCAAUGUUUAGAAUAACUCCUGUGGAUGUAAAUAGCCGACCUUCAUCUUGUUUAAUUAAUUUCUUAAUCGGAGGAAGGUCUGUUAUGUUGGAAGUGAUAAGACGGAAUGGAACUAAAUCCUUAUCACACUUACUCGCUGCACACUCAGGUCAAAUAUACAUGCACAGCCUGUCCAUUGGAAGGUCAUUGCACGAAGAUCCACCUUCUAUAAGUGAAGGAAUCGGUGGUCGAGUCACUGACUACAGGAUUACAGAUUUUGGUCUCUUUAUGCAACAAAACAAACUGUUGCCUUGUAAGAGUUCUAAAUCCCAAAGCUCAACUGUGAAGAAGACCAGGGGAAGAUUAGAAAGGCAUACUAGAUUUUGGCCGAUGACUAUUUCAUCUACUGUUAUAUUUAAUUUUAAACAGUACUUGGAGCCAAUAUUGACCCUGAUGUUACAACCUGAGCUUCGGGAACAAGAGGUCCAGCAAUGUAAACAGUGCAUUUAUUCUCUAGUAGGGCUCGAAGCGAAGCAUGAACCUCUUCAUUCAGUAUCGAGUGGUCAGCGUGGCAAAGGACCCAAGAGUUCGAGAGAAGAACAGUAUAAACAACUGUGGUCUGAACUUGAGGCUUUCCUUAGGGCACAUUGUAUCACUGAUAAACAUAUUAAUAUUUUAAACUGCUUGUUGGAAGUUAGGAAUAAAGAUUCACCUUCCGAUUUAGGAGAUAAAGUGGAGUUGGACCAAGCGCUUCGAGAGCUCGAUCAAUUAACUUCCAAGGGAUCUGAAAGAGUGUCAGUGAUUCGAGCAACAACCGAUUCUCCGCUUUCGCCCGAUCCAGUUCAUCACAUGCAGAAUAAAACAGUUUUGGAACUUUGGGUUUCGAAGUUUUGUAGGAUAAAACCGAGACCAGACUUUGCUGGUUUGGCUAAUGCUCAGGUAUUGCCAGGUGGAAGACUAAAAGCUAAACUUUAUCCACAUUUAAAGGAUCGAUCCAAAACGUCUUCCAAACCUCCGAGGAUUAUAGAGUAA